AUGAAGAAAUCUAUUGUUUUAAAAUGUGUCUUUAUUCUCAUCUUGUACCAUAUGGUCAAAGAAGUAAACACCUUAAAUUUCUUUGGUCUGGAUACGCUCACGAUAGAUCUCCCACAAGGAAGAGUGAGAGGAUCAUUUGACUUGUUCAGAACUCAAAGGAUGUUCCUGGGAAUACCUUACGCAACUGUUACGGAAAGAUUUCAGGUCGCUGGCAGCCCUCCAACUUGGAACGGCACGUUUACUGCAAACCAAGGAAACGUAGUGUGUAAUCAAUACUUUUCCACUUUGAGACAACCCAUCGGUCAGGAAGAUUGUUUGGUACUCAAUAUUUAUACUCCACCAUCUCGUACAAAUGAACUAUAUCCGGUGAUUGUUUUUAUUCAUGGAGGAGGGUUUUACUUUGGAAGUAACUCUAAGCUCAUCUAUAAUCCUCAAUUUUUGGUGAGAGAAAACGUAAUUGUUGUUACCAUCAACUAUCGUCUUGGGGCGUUUGGUUUCCUGUGCCUCGGUAUCAGAGAGGCUCCAGGAAACGUUGGCUUGAAAGACCAAUUGGCUGCUUUAAAAUGGAUCCAAAACAAUAUCGCCUACUUUGGUGGUGAUCCCAAUUCUGUUACAGUAUUUGGUGAAAGUGCUGGAGCAGUUUCUAUUCAUUAUUUUCUUCUUACGAACUCUACUGAAGGACUGUUCCAUAGAGCUAUAAUGGACAGUGGAUCAGUUCUGAUGCCUCAAGAUUUCAAAUACAAUCCCAUUGAAUCAGCAUCCACAGUAGCUACGCGGUUGGGUUAUAAUACUUUAGACCCUAACGAGUUACUGAACAUUUUUAGAAACUCAACAGCUUCAGACAUAGUUGAAGCAUCCUAUGCAGAUCAGACUAAUGACGCAUUUUCACUCUACUACUUUACACCAUGUAUGGAGACUGCUGUCGCUAAUGAAUCAGAUCCCUUAAUAACCGAAGAACCAACACAAAUAAUUAAGAGGCCUGGUCUUAACGUCUCUGUUAUCAUUGGAUUCAAUGACCGAGAAGGUAUUUAUUGGGCCCAACAUUACAAUUACCAAACUGUUGAACAAGUCAGGGCUAAUUUCGGUAGUCUCAUACCUAACUACUUACAGUUUGAAUCUGAUGUUAAUAGAACAACUUUUAUCGAUGAUGCUAUAAAUAUAUAUUUUAGCAACUGGACGGUAAUAGACGGCUUGAUAGAGUAUUUUUCAGAUUCACUGGUUUUUUAUCCGUCGACAGUUGCGUCCGAAAGUUUGACGAUGAAUUCAAGCCGAUCAGUGUAUAAUUUUUAUUUCGAUUAUGAUUCAUUCAGAAACUUGAACAAAUUUCUUACUCGGCUUCGGUUCACUCCUGGAGCAUGUCAUGCAGACGAGUUAUUUUACUUGUUCCAACCGGCUGUUUACGCUGCACUGCCUGCUACGCCGAAUGAUGCCGCAAUCAUUGCAACUAUGACGGCACUGUGGACGAGUUUCGCUAAGACUGGGAUACCUUCAACUUCAACAACUACAUGGACUCCAAGUAACCAGCAGUUGGAAUUUCUUGAAAUAGGCAAUGAAAUUCAAAUGAUCCCAUUACCAAAUCAACAACGGAUGGAGUUUUGGCGGCAAACCUAUGAAAAAUAUGGAAGGAAAUAA